CAAAUCAAAAAUAUAUUUCCACUUUUAUUUCGAGUUUGCAAUUUUAAGGUCAAUUAUGGCAAUUAAAUUACCUAUCUCUCUAAUAUUUAUUGCAUUAUUUUUCACAUUUUCAAAUGCAGAAUUAGGGCUUAUCAAAGAGACUAAAAUGACAACCUACUUCCAAGAUUAUUCGGGCGGGCCUAACGCGACCGUGAUCGAGAUAACGGGCCAGUCAAACGGGCUGCUUAGUUUCACGAAAUUUGGGGCCAUUUUCUGCACGGACGAUCCGAUAACCGAAGGGGUUGAGGAAAGCUCGGCCCAAAUUGCUCGGGCCCAAGGUAUAUAUGUGACGUCAGCCCUAGAUGGGUCCAACACACAUGUCUUAAUAUCGAUUGUGUUCAUCAAUGAAGAGUAUAAGGGUAGCACCUUGGAAUUGCAAGGGACGAGUGCCCAAUUCGAGCGGGUGAGGGAGGUGGCGGUGGUGGGCGGCACCGGAAAGUUCCGGCUAGCUCGUGGCUACGCCACUUUUGAGACUCUUUCGUAUGACCAUGCGUCUCAUUAUGCUGUCAUUCAAUGCAAUAUUACUGCACUACACUACUAGUAGAAUUAGAUACUUUAUCCGUCCAUAUAAUUAAAUGUAUUUAGUUUGUCAUCUUUAUUCGUCCAUAAUAAUUGUACCCAGUCUAUUUUUAGUAAAUUUUCACUUAUAAUUAAUAAAUUGAGACUAUU